AUGGAUUCACAGAGUAUGCAUGAAAUGGUUCCAUUAGUUUUCUUAAAAGACGUCGAUAUUACUGUAAUGGCAAGUUUACCAGAUGAAUUAUCCUCUCUUCCAAGAAUACUGGAUGAUAUCUCACGAGUUUUACAACGUAAUUCCUCCAGUGGAUGCAUGGAUUAUGCGAAAACAAUGUGUUCUGUUAAUAAUCACAAUAAUUUAAACCAUAUAGGUUUCAAUGGUAUUCAAGAAAGUAGACAGUCAGGUUUUUCACCCUCUUUAUUGGGUAAUGAUGGUUUUACUGAUGAUGACAAAGGUCACCAGUCGAUUAGUUCACUUCAUGAUCAAUAUCCUCGUCAUCAUCAUCGACAUACACCGAAGUCUUUAUCACCACAUUACACAUUGCACUAUAAUCCAGGAUUUCAUAAUCCGUCUAUACCAGGCGUCAACAUCUUUAACUGGUCUACCUCGGACGUAUCAAAACCUAAUCUGAAUGACUACGACGAACCAUACAUAAGUCCUGAAAGUGACUGUGAAGCGAAUGAUGACUUCACUGUUUCAGAUCAUGAGAUAAAGAAGAAGAAGACACAAAUAACCGACAAAUUCACUUUUCAAUGUCAUUCUUCAUUGUCGAUUACAAAUGGCUCAGAAUCAAAGAGCAACUCAAGUUCAAAAGAGAGAAAAACGUAUGAUCAAAAAUCAAUCAGUUUAGAUAAAUUAAAUCAUUUAGAUGAUGAGCAUAUUUAUGAUACCGUACCGUCACCGUCUUCUUCAUCAUCAGUGUCAACUGAAGGACUGUCUUCUGUCAAUAAGUUGAACAGGCUGGAUAAAUUGUCUUCUCAGUCAAAUCAGAUACCCAAUAAUAACAAUAACAAUAAUGAUGAACUACUGACAUCCUCAAGACAUCAAUCAUUAAAUACUGAUAAAAUAAAUUCACUGCAAAUCAACAAUAGUGUAAUGUUAGAAUCAAAAUUCAAUGAACAAAUCUCAUCAUCAUCAUCAUCAUUAUCACCGACUUUAUCAGUAUCGUCGUCAUCAUCAUCAUUGUUGAUGAACAAGUUGACAUCUUCUGAAACUGUACAAUAUGAUGAAAUCAGUGAAUUUAGUACAACAAAAAGUAUCUCACCGAGAUUAUUCCCUAAACAAGUUACAACAGCAAAUGUUGUACUAACGAAACCAAAUAUUAUGUCUUCUUCAUCAGUUGAUUCAACCAAAAUAUCUAAGUUGACGACACAUUUUCGUCCAAGAAGUAGUAGUCGUGAAAACACGUUUGACAGGAAUGUAAACGGAUAUCACUUCUCAUUUGGAGUGGCAAAUACGGUCAAGGUGAACCCUUCACAUUGUUUUCCCAAUCAUUCAUCUAACAAGAUUGUUGGUAGUGUUGGCAAUGACAGUGUUAACUCAGUGUAUGAUACACAAAUGUAUAGAAGGAACGCAUCAACUGAACAAUUAAGCAGCCAUUCUUCGAAUUCAAACAGUAAUAUACAAGAACUUGAAGGCAGCUGUUCUCCUCAUCUAAACACGAAUAAUAAUAAUGAACAACCAUCCGAAUUAGCUAUAGAAGUAGCACGUCUACGUCAUGAAUUACUUCUCUCACGUAAAGAUGCUAUGCGUGCUGCUGAUCGUUUAAGUAAGCAAGAGACAGAAAUCUACCAACUUCGUCAAUUAUUGGAACAAUUAAGUGGUGUCAAUAGUAAUGAUAAUUCAUCAGUUAAUUUGAAAGCUCAAAACGCGAUUACUAGUCAACCAUCAGUUCAUUCUAAUGUAAAUUUGCAUACAAACCAACUGAACAACACGUAUACCAAUGGUAUUCGUUCAGCAGAUUCUAGAAAGCCAACUAUUGUCGGUGUUUCUAGUUGCCUACAGAAUUCAAUGAAUACAGACUCCAAAGUUGUAGAUACUGUAACUGCUACAUUCAAAGAAUUAGAUGAUGCUAUGGCAAGACUAGAAUUAGAGCAAACUGAACUGUUACGUGAACAAGCUCGAAUUCGUGCUCGAAUAGCUGCAACACACCGUGCACAGUCCAUUGUAAAUUCUACUUCACCUCCUUCAAAUAAAUCUACUUCUCGUCCAAAACACUUUGAAAUGUCUAUACCGAAAAUUUCAAUCAACUCUAGACAUCAUCAUGAAUUACGCAGUCCUGGUCACAUGGAUUACUCGAAUUCUCAGCGUAUUAUCCGUCAUAUGAAUAAAAUACACAGUGAAGUGAAAAAUAUACCGAAAUAA